AUGAUGAAUGGUGUAGUGAUGAAGAGUGGGGAUAGCAGUUGGGAUGAAGAAAUUGAUUUAAUAAAUAAAGACUCGAUUUUUGAAAAAAUCAAAAUAACCUUAAUGAAUCAAAGCUUUAUUUACUGGAAAAACGAUAGCUUAACAUUUUAUGAUAAAUAUGAACCAAGUGGUCUAUUCAUGAAAACAGAAAAUGGAACACUUUUAGAUCCAGAUGGUAGUCCUAAAGAUCGGUAG